CGAAAGCCUUAACGAAGAUGUCGUUCUGCCCUCAAUGCCAAACAUCAAACGAAUUCAAGCCCUGCGCCUACUAUUGCCUUAAUGUUGUCAACACUUGUCUGACCUUUCAUGAAGAGCUCGACAAAGAGUGGAAUAACUAUAUCGACGCUCUUCUACUCUUAGCCACACGUUUGGAGACUUCAUUCAACAUUGAAUCAGUGGUCGAUCCCAUUGACAUCAAGAUAUCUGAAGCCAUUAUGAAUUUCCAGGAGAACGGCGGCGCUGUUUCUAAUAAGCUAUUCGAGUCGUGUGGCAAACCUCACAUCGAGUCUAAGCGUGAGACCAGAGAUGUUAACUUUGAAGAGUCGCCCAAAUUUGCAGAACAGCCAUAUGUUGCCAAUCCUACCGCUGCGACCGUCACCGGUUUGGAUCGACUCAUUCAAGACAUCAAGAAAAAGAUUAAGAAAACCAAAGGCUUUUGGGCACAAUUGCCACAAACCAUUUGCACCGAUAAACACAUCUCCACACUAAUAGCUGCCGAUAAUAAAAGCUGUUAUAACGGAUCGGAUUUGUAA